AUGGAUCCACCAUUCAAUGAAACAUACAGAACCUUUUUGUAUAAACAGAUCAAAAAUACAGAAAACAAUGUCCCCGAAAUACCUUUUAGCUUCUCUGUUACAUCUGUCGUUGAAGAGGUGGAGCUUCCAGUGAUUGACGUCAGCCGUCUGGUUGAAGGAGCCAAGAAGGAGAGAGAGAAAUGUAAGCAAGACAUUGCUACAGCUUCAAGGGAGUGGGGAUUUUUCCAAGUGAUAAACCAUGGAAUAUCAAUGGAUGUAUUGGAGAAGAUGAGACAAGAGCAAAUUAGGGUUUUUAGAGAACCAUUUGACAAGAAAAGCAAGUCGGAGAAGUUUUCCACCGGGAGUUACCGGUGGGGAACACCGUCAGCCACUUGUCUACGGCAGCUUUCUUGGUCAGAAGCAUUUCAUGUUCCCAUGACAGAUAUUUCUGACAAGAAGGACUUCACUACGCUCAGCUCAACUAUGGACAAAUUUGCUUCAGAGUCAGAGGCGCUGGCAUAUACAAUGGCAGAGGUUCUUGCAGAGAAAUUAGGACGAAAAUCAAGUUUCUUCAAAGAAAACUGUGUGAGAAACACAUGUUAUCUAAGGAUGAACCGUUAUCCACCUUGUCCCCAACCAUCAGAGGUGUACGGUUUAAUGCCACACACGGAUAGUGAUUUCCUUACGAUCUUGUAUCAAGACCAGGUGGGAGGACUCCAACUCAUUAAAGAAAAUAGAUGGAUCGCCGUUAAACCUAACCCCCGUGCUCUCAUUAUCAAUAUUGGUGACUUAUUUCAGGCAUGGAGCAAUGGCAUGUACAAAAGUGUGGAACAUCGUGUGAUGACGAAUCCAACGGUGGAGAGAUUCUCAACGGCAUAUUUUCUAUGUCCAUCAUACGAUGCAGUUAUAGAGUGUUCAGGUGAUUGUCCUGCGUAUAGAAAUUUCAGCUUUGGAGAAUUCAGACAACAAGUUCAAGAAGAUGUUAAGAAGCUUGGUUAUAAAGUUGGCCUUCCUAGGUUCAUUAAUCAUCUCUACUAG